CAACUAACAUCCUCCCAUUAGUGCCUUUCACAGGACCCUUCCAUCAAACUGCUCCAGCCAGUGGUAAGCGCAUGAGCCCUAGUGCGUUGGGCCUUAGCUGCAGCGGCCUGCACUAAUCAAUUCCCCGAUCCCUGAGGGUCUGGAUAAUCGGCACAUCCUUCGUUGCUGGUGCCACUGUCGGCGACCCUGAGGGAAUUUUUUUUCUUCUCUCUGUCCCACGAUGGGCGGGUCAUCCUUCCAUCUCACUCUGAUUCCUUUCGGUCUCGAGACUACCUAACUAGGGUAUGCUUAGGCAACAGCAUUGAAGGGUAGGGCCGUUUUUUGCGCCCCAAGGUUACAGAUGAAAGCUCUAGAGUGGAUUGCUAGUGAAGAGGGAGGGUUAGACAGGCCAUUGAGCCGACGCAACCUUGAGCCAAAGCUAGAUACUACUAAAGUUGAAGCUGGCCAGCUGCCCGUGCGGUUGAUGUGCCGACGGUCCAAUGGCCGGCUGGUCCGCUGCACAUGGGCGCCUGGCUCGUUCCCGACUGUCGCGCCUGCAGAAAAAAAGUAAUAAACAUACAAAAAAGAAGAAAAAAAGAAAGAAGGGUUCGCUUGGAUUCUAGGAAGAAUAGACUGGGUCCGCGAUGAGGGACAAAUGCUGGGGCUGUGCUUUGGUGAAGCACGGGGAGAGCGACGGAG